GAGAGCCACCCAUUAAGGAAGGAGCUUCAACUAACCCGCCAUGGGGGACACAAAGCUCUCCCUUUUGCUGCUUGUGACCGCCCUUGCUCUGGCUUAUGCCCAAGACAAUACUGAAAAAAGUCCAACCUGUUUAUGUAAGUAAAAAAAUGGCGAAAGGUUAUAAGACCCUUCACAAAUACCAAUAUGUCUAUGAAUUUGAGUCCCUUAAUGCCGUGAAUGGAGCUUCCAACCUCCGGAACGGACCAAAGGGCUCUUGCAAGGUUGAGAUUGAAGUUCCUCGGUCUUGCAGCUAUAUUCUACGUGUCACAGACUGUAACUUGAAUGAGGUUGUCGAUGUGGAUGCAGAGGGAAACCAUAUGUUUGAACCGGUCUCUAGAACUCAAGAGUUCGCUUCUGCCAUGGAGAAACAUCCUCUGAGGUUUGUGGUUGAUGGGGCUAACAAUGUGAAACUGUACCCUGAGGGGGACGAGCCAACGAAGAUCCUGAACGUCAAGAGAGGUAUCAUCUCUGCCCUUGCCGUGCCCCUUUUGGAAGAGGAGAAAAACAGGAAAAUGCCCACCAUCCACGGCUUGUGCAAGACGGCUUAUAAAGUCAACGCCAAGAACGCCGUCAGUACCGACGUCACCCUCAACAGGGACCUGUCUAAAUGUGACCACUUCAUUCCCCAAAGGGACCACACUAGCCCCCUGGCCCUCAUCUCUGGCAUGCACUACCCUCUUUCCAAGUUGAUCAAAAGCUCCCAGACUUGCAACUACAUGUUUGACAACAGCAAGAAGCACAUGAUGUCUGGCGCCUGCACUGAGAAGCACAUUCUGCUGCCUUUCUCCCACAAAGGGGAGUAUGGCUUUACCAAUGUUGGCAAACAGUCUCUGACUCUGCUGAAGGUCUCUACACAUAAUGAGAGAGUAUUUGACCACGAUGAGGCUAACCUCAGGGGUCUGCCCAUGGAAGCUGCAGAGGACAAGAGCGUUGUACAAGACAAGAAUGCAGUUCUGGCCGUUCUGAGGGAACUAGCCACUCUGGCCAACGGUGAGAAGAGAGCCCACCUCUUUCAACAGCUUGUAGGCAUGGUCCGUGGAAUGAAGGCCGAGACCCUGAGCCCUGCUGUCCAAGAGGCCCUGGAGGUGUCCGGACCACUGACCUACCAGGUUCUGGCCCAGUGCGGCACCCCAGAGUGCAGCAGCGCCAUCAUGCAGAUCCUCCGGAGCUUUGACAGCUCUGCUGUGGAGGUUGAUCCCAUUGUGUUCGCCAUGGGUCUGGUUCCCAACCCCUCCGCCCUCCUGGUCACAGACAUACUGUCUAUGGCUCAGUACAAGCAGAGCAAACCCAUCCUGUAUGCCCUGAGUAAUGUUGUCAAGAGAUUCUACAAGGCUGAGGGCAAAGUGACCCUGGAGAUCAAGGCUGCGGCUGACUUCGCUGCCACCCAGCUGGGUGACUGCUCUGGCGAUCAGGAGCAAGUCUUCCUGGUCCUCAGGGUUAUCGGAAACAUGGCCAAAGCCGUGGGAGCUGCUAGUCCUGCGCUGAAGUCCGCUGUAAUCCAGUGCAUUAAUCAACCCGCUGCUUCCCCUGAAGUUCAACAGGCUGCCAUUCAGGUCUUCAGACAGACCCCUGUCCCAGAGGAGGGCAGAGAAGUGCUUGUGCAGGCUCUUUGGAGAGACCCUAGCCCCGUUCAGAAACGCAUUGCAGCCUACCUGGUGCUGAUGAAGGAUCCUAAUACUGCUGACCUAGCUCAGCUGGCUUCUUCUCUGAGGAACGAUCAAGAUCUGCAGACCAAGAGCUUUAUAAUCUCCCACCUGACAAAUAUCUUGGAGUCAACAGCACCCGAGACACAGGAGCUGAGAGAGAAGAUUCUUAAUGCUCUGCAGGGAAAUGAGGUUGGAACCAUCAUGGAUCCCUUGAAGUUCUCCCGAAACUAUAAAAUCGGAUCUGUGGAAGGAAACAUGCUUUUUGAGGGAACCAGCUACCUGCCGAAGGAAGUCAUGCUGGAGAUGACCUUGAAAGCCUUUGGGUAUGAUAUCGACAUGGUGGAGGUUGGUUUGGAAGGAAAAGGAUUUGAGCCGGCCAUUGACGCUUUAUUUGGAGAGAACGGAUUCUUUCCGGACACAGUGCUGAAGACUGUCUAUUUCAUUUCUGACAAAAUGCCCAUGCAGGUCAAUGAUGUCCUCAAAGAUAUCAUGCCUGCACUGAAGAAAGACAGAAUGAAAAGACAGGCUUCCCAGAACAUAGCAACGGAAAUCAUCCGCAACUUUGAAAAACUGCUGAGUGACCUGAAGGCUCAGGAGUCCCCUGAAGCUAUGGUUUACCUGAGACUGCUGGGAAAUGAGCUUGGAUACCUUAAAGCCAAAGACGUAGAGAAGAUGGCGUACUCUGCUGGUCUGAUGAUUCACAAUGUACUCAGGAUGUUCCCCACUCAUGUUCCAAAGCUGAUGAAAGGACUGAUGACCAGCACUGAUAAUGAAGUCUUUGCCCAUUAUAUCUUUAUGGAUAAUGAAUUCUUCCUGCCAACUGCGACUGGUGUGCCACUCAAAAUUGCCCUGUCUGGUACCUUCACCCCUGGUAUCAAGGGAGGACUUGACAUUAAACCUGGCAUGAGCGAGUUCUCCUUCAUGCCCUCCGCUGGAAUUGAGUUUGUGACCAAGUUUGGUUGCCACAUUCCUGAGUCGGUUCUCUCUCGCCUGGAGAUGCACACCAGCCUGUACCACGAGACUGGGCUCACAGCUAAGAUCACCAUGACUGACAACCAGGUCAAGCUGACCAUCCCGGCACCUCAGGGCCCUACAAAAGUAAUCAGCAUCACAAACAAGAUGUAUGCAGUGACCUCUGCAGAAGUGAAGCCUAUCCCGUCUUUGAUGGAGGACAGAAUCGACUCGUCUGACUGCAUAGCUUUCUUCGCUGGCAUGAAGUAUUGCGCCACCCUGCAGUACUCUGAUGCUGGCUCCCACAACACUGCUCCUUACUUUCCCUUAACCGGGGACAGCAAGUUCGCUGUGGAGAUCCACCCCACGGGUGACGUCACUGAGUACACGGCCACUAUCGACCACAACCUCCUCAAGGACGGAGACCAGGGACAUGAGAAAGUUGACGUUGUCCGCAUGGUCCUAAAGGCAGAAGGCGUUACAUCGACUGAGGCCACAGCCACCACUAAGUACAACUGGAAUAAAAAUGUCCUCACCACCGACAUCCAGGUCCCAGACUUUGACCUGGAGGCCAGGCUCAGAAUGGGUGUUGUUGAUGGCAGCGCCAUGGGCAAAGGAACACACUCAAUCUCCCUGGACCUCCUCAAGAACAACGUCCCUACAUUGUCUCUGGUCGGCAGCACUAGAGUUGAAGCCAUGAAGAACGCCAUGCUGCAGGUUCAGCUGCUUGUUCCUUUGAUCGAGGCUGAUGCCACAAUCACAGCCAACCUGAAGAGGGACAAGGAACUGCAGCUUGAGUUUGAAAGUGACGUAAAGCUCCAAGAGACCAACUCAGUGCAAAAGAUUACCUUUACAUAUGAUGACAAUAGGAUUGUAGCUGAGGUAAAGUCUGACAUAAACUCUGAGAUCCAUGCUGAGGAAAUCCAGAAGAUGGUCAAUGAUUUUCUGGACGAGCAGUUGGGCAUGACUGACAUGAAGGUCCGCCACAUCCUCACCAAGUCUGUGGAGACAACCAACAACUUCUUGGAGAAAUAUACUAAUGAUAUUCCAUAUAUGUUGAACUUGAGAGUCCCUGAAAUGCCAGAGAUUGCUCUGCCUGAUAAACUGUUCCUCAAUGCCGAGGCCACAGCUGCUUACCACUUUAGCAAUGAGCAUACUCCCCUUCCUUUUGGUGGAAUAUCAUCUAAUGAGUUGAACUUCCCACCCUUCUUUGGAAAAGCAGAGGUCUCCACAAAGGUGAACAGCAACCUCUAUAACUUAGAAGGCUCAGCUUCUGCUGAAAAAGAGAAUGUUGAGAUGCCAAGCUAUUACACCAAAUUCAAUCUGAUCGGCAGCUGCCCAUUGGAACUUCUGUCUUUUAAGACUGAAGGAUCUGGAUUGCUUGCCAGAAUGCCUGAUGACUCCACCAAGACCCAUGUGCAGGCCUCUGUGAGCCACAGGCUUGUUGACGCCACCCUGAGCAUCAUGGAAAUUGGCAGUGUUACGGACAAGAUAAAUGUGAAAUCCGACAGAAAGAUUGAAGUAACCAGCCCCUUGGGUCUGAGUGCAGCUCUGGUGCAUACUGGCCUAUUGAGCAUCAAUACAGAAGAGAUUUCUGGUGACAACAAUGUAGAAUUAACAAUCAAAGCAGGACCUGCCUAUGGCAAAACAAUUGCAGCCCAGUCUUUUGCCUUCUUCCCAUUCAAGCCAGAUGCAGCAAAGGUUGACUCUUCCCUGAAAAUUGAUUCAUCAAUUCUGCAGGUAGACAAUACAGUUAUUUUGUCCUUAGUCAAUGGUGAGCUGGAUGUCCUAUCUAAUACCAAAGUAUUUGAAGACAUUGUGAUCAACACUGCUGAACUUACCUUCAGGGACAACCAGCUGUCCCUGAAAUGUGACACCAAGGGCCUUGCCCUUGGCAUGAAGAUCAACAACAAGGCAGAUUUUUUGGUCGGCUCUGGAGCAGUCAAAAUCACGGCGGAGACCAAGGCUGACCACUCUAAGAACGAAAUAUACUCUAUUUUCACCGCCUUGCUGGACAUCAAUGGCCUGAUUGUGACCAGCGAUGCCACUGUAAAACUGCUUGAGAACAAAGCUGCACACAAAGCUAGCCUGAUAUUUGACAAGGACGGCCUGGUCACAACAGGCACGACCAGCCUGCAGGGACCAUUCACCAUGGAGAACACGUUCAACGUUAGGCUAGAUACCUCCAGGGCGACUCUGUCCAUUGAGACAAAGAGUGCAUUUAAUGACGUAAUGGUUGAGAAUGCCAACUCUCUGACCGUGACCCACACCACCCUUGGCUUUAAUUCAAAGGCUAAGGCCAUUGUCAGCCAAAGAGCAUCCUAUGCGCAUGACAUCACCAUUGACCUGAGUGACUACACUGCCUCUGUAAAUGUGAAUAAUGACCUGAAACUACUGGCAGCCAGCCUUAUCCAUGAGGCUCAGCUGAAGGCAGAGAUUAACAAAAUUGACCUGACUGGAAUCCUGAAGGCCUCUUAUGCUAAGGAAGAGCUCAAACACACUUAUGAGAUAAAAUAUGCUGACUUAACCGCUAAUGUUAAGUGCGGUACCACUGGAAAGCUUCUUGGAGCUCACAUGAGCCACAACACUGAACUGGAAAUGAUUGGCCUUGCUGCAAGGAUCCACAAUAAUGCCCAAUUCAACUCCCGGCUUUUCCGCUUUGAUAACACCAUCCGUGCUAGCAUUAUUCCCUUUGGUGUCAACCUUGACAUGAUCUUCAAUGCUGAUGGUGACCUGACCCUGUAUGGCAGACACAGCGCUCAGCUCUAUGGAAAGUUCCUUCUUAAAGCACAGCCAUUGGCCUUUGCCAGCUCACAUGAAUGUAGAGCAUCCAUUACCCAGAACCUGGACAAUGGCUUCUCCCUGGAGACCACACUAGACAACAAGAUGGACAUGCUUGUGAGUCCUGAGGUGCAGGAAGCCACACUCAGAGUGAGGUCCAAGGUAAACAGCCACACCCUCAAUCAGGAUAUGAAAGCCUACAACAAUCCUGACAAGCUUGGACUGGAGUUGUCUGGAACCCUCAUAACCAGCCUUUUGGACACAGCUGACAGUAAAGACCAGGAAUUCAGAAUUUCUGGUUUCCUGAAGUACGAUAAAAACAUUGACAGUCACAUAAUUCACCUGCCUUUCCUUGAAAGUUUGCCAGCAAUACUGCAAGACAUCAAGAACAUUAUUGUGAGAAUGGCAGAGGCUCUGCAGAAUUACAUGAAUAAUGAAAAUACCAAGGCUAAGCUGAACGCCCUACCCCAGCAUGUCAGUGAUUUUGUUGUUAAACUGGAUCUGGAAGGCAAAGUUGUUCAGCUAAAACAGGACCUGAUUAAACUCAGCCAUGAUUAUGUCAUCAAGCUGGAAGACCUUGAGGGCUUCCUGGUUAACUACAAGACAGUUGUUGAAAACCUUCUGAUUGAUAUGGUAUCCGGCAUUCAGGAAGUCAUUGAUGCUACCAAAGAAAUUAUUAUUAGUGGCUUACUGUCCGAAAAUGUCAUCCAGAGGCUCAGUGAGAGGCUGAAUGCCAUCAAUGAGAACUAUGAAAUCACUACAAAGAUUGUUGCUUUAAUUGAUGCAAUUGAAAAUUUCAUCAAGCAGAUUGACAUGCAGAAACUUAAACACAGUAGCGUUGCAUUCCUGCUCGACAUUGAUGCACAGUUUGAGAUCAAGGCAAAGCUUGAGAAUGCAAUGAGUGAUUUAAAAAGAUCAAUUGAAAAUUUAGACAGAACCAGAUUUAUUAAAUAUGUAAGGGACUACAUUUCCUCUUUUAACUUGGAAGCAAACGUUGAGCAGUUAUUGGCACUCCUUCCCACUGAAUAUAUCAGCAAAACUUUGGAGUCUGUCAAGGAACUUAUCCAGGAUUCACAGAUUAUUGGCUCUGUGAAUGCUUUCCAUGCCAAGCUGAGAAAAAUUAUUGUUAAGUACGAUGUUGACAAGAAGCUUGAAGUACUCCUGGAGAAGUUUGUGGAGCUUAUUAAGCAGUUCAAAAUUAAAGAAACAAUCCAGGUCCUUGUGAACAACUUGAAGGCUGUCGAUAUCCCGGGCAAAGUAAUGCAGAUUCUGGCAGAAGCCAUCAAAAUUUUGAAAACUACUGAGAUCAGUGAGGUGAUUGACAAACUAAAUUUGUAUCUCAACUCUUUUGUUCAUAAGCUAAAGUCAUUUGAUUACAAUGCAUUUGUGGAUGAAGUCAACCGAUGCAUUGCUGAAUACACCACUCAUGUGAACAAGCUUAUCAAAGCACUUGAGAUUCCAGAGAAACUUGAGGCUUUCAGGGAGUUUGUCAACUUUGUCAUUACAUCCGCAGUUAACUUCAUUGACAAUCUUAGGGACAUUAGGAUUGUAGACAUGGUCAAAACAUUGAGGAACAUAGUUUACCAUGACAUCCUUAAUGAAAAGCACCCUGGCUUCAUUGUUGAAUUUGAAACAUUGAUUAAUGAAUUGGAUGAUGUCUUUAGAGACUUGAAAUUAAGCUACCUGCCAAAACUGCCUGAGAUCGCACUUCCAGAGUUCACACUAUCAGAAAUAUCCUUCCCUGCCCUUCCAAAGGUGGCAGCUGAGAAGCUCCUAAAGAUUCCAACUCUCCAGAUCCCUAAGAUUAAUCUUCCUGCUGUCCCUAGUGAGUUCAUGGUUCCUUGUUUUGGCAAGCUCUAUAGCGAGAUCAAAGUUAAAACUGCCAUUUUCAGCAUGACUACCUCAGCUGAGCUUAUGAACACUACUGUUGCUGUGACAGCUCCUCAGUUCACUGUUUUCCUAACCUCUCAGGCCGAAUCUCCUAGUGUUGAGAUACUCAAUUACAACUUUGACUCCACUACUCGUGUUGCCUUUCCCAAACAGAGGCGUGUAAUUUUGACAGAGACCCUCAAGUUCACCCACAGUGCACUGACUGUUGAACACCAGUCAUCGGUAACGAUUUAUGGCCGCUCAUCCCAAGGUUCGGCUAAAACCACGGUCAAGGCAACCACUGCACCCUACAAUGCAGACAUUGUCAAUAGUGUCUUCUUUGCCAUAGGCGGUGGAAUGUCUGCCUCUAUGGACACCACCUACAACCACAAGAUCUCUCUGUCAAUCAUUACCAGUGAAGCCUCUAUGAAGCAGAAGGCUGUCGCCAAAACAGAAUCCCGUAGAAUUGCGUUGACAGUUGUAAAUGAUGGCACUAUCAAGAUGAACUCUGAUGAGGGCACACACAAAAGCGAACUUCAAUUCACCAUGGCCUCUGACACUGCCAAGCUGAAAAUUACUAGUAACACGGACACUGGACUUCUGAAAAUGAAGCAGUCCAUGAACACCGAAGCUGUCAUGCCCAGUCACAUUUCAUUUGAUAUCCGCUCGGAGGCAGAAGGUCCAGCCAUCAAGAACAGCCUUCUGGUGGCAUCUGGAAAUGCUAAACUGGAAGACAUUAUGGUUGAACUGAAGGCAAACCAUAACUCAGAGCUGGUUGGAAGUCUCAGUGGAAUCCUGUCCAACUCAUUCAUUUUUAUGAUUCGUCCAACUGAGGUUGUCUUUGACUUCCAGAACAAGGGAAACACCAAGUUGAGCUUCGACGAGGGAGUGGUGGCCAAGAUGGAUCUCCAGAAUGACUACUCUGCCAACAUCAACCCCAAAGCUCAAAAGAUCAACACUGUGGCUAUCGUUCGCUUCAACCAAUACAAAUCAUCUUACAACUUCACAGUUGGGAACAAUGAAAGGGAGGCUGCCAUCAUUGUGGCUUUAAAUGGAGAGGCUAAUCUUGAUUUCUUGACAUAUCCCUUCACCAUUCCAGAGCUUGAUUUGCCCUUCAUUAACAUGCACACCCCAGAAGUCGGUGAUGUGAACCUAUACGAGAAUAUUGGCUUGAAGCAUGUACUAAUCACCACUGAACAAUCUCUAGAUGUGGAUGCCAAGAUCACGUACCGGAAGCUUCCGCUUUCCUACCUGGGCAAUCUGCUCACCGAACUCUCCCUCAAGUCUCCCAUGUUGAAUCUGAAUGCCAAUGGUGAAAUAAACACAGAGGAUGACCUAGUAUUCCGCCUGAGAGGUACCACAGCCUCUGUAUAUGAGUCUCUUAAAGCCAAGCUUGAUUGCAUCACAAGUCUGACUACAACAAGGGGGCUGAAGCUGGCCACUGCCUUGUCCCUACAGAACCCCCUCAUUGGGGGAAUCCACGAAAGCACAAUCAGUCUGAACACAGACAAUGACGGAGCGGCUAUGUCAGUGGCUACGUCUGCUAAGAUCGCCAUGUUCAUUAUUAACCUGGAGGCCAACCAGCGACUAGUUGCAGACACUAAGAACAAGCUCAAAGUUGCCUACACGUUGAAGUUGAAGGGCGAUUACAAUGUGCCCAUUAUCCGAUCAGUUGGCAUGGUAGAGGCUGAACACAGCCUGAGGCUGGAGGGAGCCUCUGAGUACCUCUCUGUGGAGUCAUCUACCAAGGGCAACAUUGACGGCACUAUCCAGACACACAAUACUAUUUUAGGUGCCCUAGAAAAUGAGGCCGUCUUCUACUGUAAUGGUAACGGCCUGCGCUCCACUUCAACGGUAAUUGCCAGCGCCAGCUUCAAGGGAUUGCAGAACACUGUCUUUAUGAUAGAUCUGAAUGAGACCAUAGCUCUGGAGGCAUCCUCGGGGCGUGUGUAUGGACUGCUGAAAGUGAAAAGCAACAACGACGCCAACAUUAUCACCUUCAAAUCCAAGGGAAUUCAUGUUGCCCAGGCUACCGUCGACUUUGUACCAUGGAAAUCACUAACCUCUGACUAUGAGAUCAGCAUUUCUCAGCAAAGUAACGCGGGGGACAUUGCUAUUCUCGAGAAGUGUGUUGUGGACCUGAAAUGUUACAAACAAACAAUCUCUGCUGCUGCCAAGAUUACCACCCCUGUGUACACUACAGAUGUGGCAGCUGACCUGGAGGUAGACGCCCCUGUUGUCAAAGCCACACUUAAGUCAUCUGCCACAUCUGCCAUUGACUUCCUGGAUUAUGACGUGGAUGCUUCUAUCACAAUAAACGUUGAGGAAGAAGCCCUUGGCUUGACUGGAAAGGUUAUGCUGACCCACACUGACCUCACCAUCAACAUACAGAAUGUUAUCACCCAGGCAAUAAGGAAGAAGCGCCAGGAUGAGGGAAGUGUCUCCCGCCAAACAUUGAAUGUGGAUAUCACCAGCCCAACUUUCACUGAUGUGAACUUCCGCUACACUGCGCAAAGAGAUGGAGUCAGUGCGUCCAUCUCCAAUCCAUCUUCUGGGUUCUUGGGUCUUCAGCUUCAAGGCAGGAGCCCAUCUCUGCUGAGCACCAGACUCUACAGCCGUUAUCCUUCUGCCCCAGAGGAUGACGUUGACAUCUUGGUCAUCAGAACCACUGCCGAUGAUGGCGAUAAGAUUAAACUGCAGGUUGCUUACAACAUGGAGGCUCCCAAUGACAUGCUCCUGGGCCUGAAGGAGAGACUCCCCCUCAUCACAUCCACCUUGACCAACUUUUUGGAGAAGUACCAGAUAUUUGGGCACAUGGAGGGACUGAAAAGGGCCACCAUCAACUUGAUUGAAGACGCCUACAUCACUGCCAACCGCCACGCUCCCGAGCUGAGUCAGCUGUCAGUCCUCUUCAGGAACACCGUUGUCCAGUAUCAGAAAGCUGUCCAGGUCUUCCUGGAUGCUGCCAUUAAGAUCCUGAGAGAGACACAGUUCAAGCUGCCUGGCUCUGAGGAGAUGACCACCCUGCCGGAGGUCCUCAAACAGUUCACCAUCACCCUUUCUAUAAUUCUGCAGCACACCAUCGAGAUUAUCAACAGAAAUGUGGAGCUUUGUUUCACUGUCCUGAUCGAGAUGUUCAGCAAAAUCCAGAUCCGAAUGCCAAUUGGUAAUGUGAUGACUGGAGGCCAAAUCCUGGAUCAGCUAAAGGUCACCAAGAAAGAAUUUUUGGACCGGGUUACUAAUUUGAUAAAUAAUUUUGAGAGACUUGACACGGGCCUGGUGGAGCUUAGCAAGACCUUGGAGUUUUUGGUUGAAAAGGCCCAAGUGUUGGUUGACAAUAUGAAGUUUGACUAUCUGGAUGAUGUUGCUGUCUAUGUCAAUGAUCUCUAUGUUAACUUUGUCGCCGUGAUAAAAACCAUUUUGGAUACCCUCAAUACUCUGAACAUGGAGCAGGUGAACAGAGCCGUUGAACACAUCAUUGAGAUGGUCAUGUCAUUGGUAACCCAGUUCAACCUUGCAAACACUGGUCUUCUGGAUCAAUCCUCUGAGGAGGCCCAAGCUUUCACUAAAGUUAGCGGUGGAAAGCUUGAGAUUAACCUUCCCUUUCCCUUCCAGCAGUGAGAUGCCUUCACAGACUAGACCCAGAGUCUAUUAAACACUACCUAUCUAUCUGUUAACACAAAUACCUGCUUGAGGGGGACAAAAAUGAACGCUUGGCUCAAUAAAUGGUUCAGCAUUUAUUUAUAGCAGUCAAAUUAACAUGUACACCUUGUUUGAAAAGAUGCAUUGUUAUUUUGUGUAAAUGGUCACUAAUGCAUCAACAUGGAAAUACAAUACUUUUACUUUGGUAUGCAAGAUGUAAAGGUGCAUCAAUGAGGACAAUUAUACAGUAAAGUGUUUAUUUCUUUUUAACCACAUGGCAAAACAAUUAUAAAUUACCACUUUGUGGUAUUUUUUGAAAGUUUUAAACAUUUAAUAACAAGUACAUAAAAUGGGCAUAAUAAUUUCUGAAACUGAGGAGUUUUCAACUUUUAAACUCAUUUUGUAAACAACACAUGUUGUAUGCUAAUUUCAUAAAAUAAAGGUUGGCUUUAAAAC